AUGGGGAGCGCUAGUUGUACAACUGCACGGUCUCUUAUACCUAUCAUAAAAUACAUUUUAAAUUUUAUAACUUUAACUUAUAACUUGUGAAUUAAGAGUUAGUCAUUUAGUAUUAUUAUAACUGUGCUGUGUUCAUACUUUCUAUUUUUGUUCUUCUUGAACUUGUGUGGUACUUACUAUUAAGUAUUAAACAUUUAGUUUCGUCGCAGUGGUCAACUCAAAACUAACGCCUAAAUGGCUGUCGAAGUAAAAUAUUGAAAUAAUAUUAUAUUACAUUAUAUUAUGAUAAAAAGUUUGCUUUAAAAAGACAAUUUUUGGGAUACAUUCAUCCAUUAAAAUCAAUCACCAAUGAUUUGGUUCAAAAAGAAUGUUGGAUAGAACAGAUGAAGUAUUUAGUUCAAGACUUUAAAACACUUCUCAAUUUAUCAUUUAAAGAAUUUUGGUCUACAGUUGUUUUCAACAAACAAGCUACUAUGGGAUUAUGUACGUUUCUUCAAGAAGCUGCUCCUCCUCACUUGAUGGAUCAACUUCCACAGGAUGGUGAUGUGUUAACCAUUUACAAUGAAAUUGAUAAUUUUGCUUAUAAGUUAUUUAAACGAUUAACUAAAUCCUUUGAAAAUAAAGAGAGUUGUAUGUCACCUCAUUAUAUGUGGAGCUUGUUAUGUCAUAACAAUAUUAUAAGUAUUCCCAUGUUGUUUGAUAUAUGUUCAAUUUAUGGCCAAUCAUAUAAAAAGGAAUUAGAAAUAAUUUUCAAUGAAUUGUUUACUUGUCAAAAAUUAUACAAAGAAAACUUAAAAAACUUUAUUCAAUUUACAAUUAAAUGCUUAAGUCAGUUCCAAGAUAAAAUUGAAAUAGACAUGGGGUAUGGUAAUCUCUUGUGUCAAAUUAAUGAAACCUCUACCGACAUUGAAGAAAGAAGUCUUUGUUUGAUCGAAGAUAAUAUUAACUAUUUAUUAGACACAUCAUAUAAUAUUACGAAUUUCUUGGAAAUUUAUCCAAUGGCCUCUACAUAUUUUUAUCAAGAGAAAUUUCAUAUUGAAUUAGCUUCCUUUUAUCAUAGUAUAAAACCAAUAGUUUAUAAGAAAGUAAUUGCUAUGAAUAAAAUGGAAAAAUUCCAAGAAAAGAUUCACGCAUCAAGAUUAUUACUUGUGAAGAGUGUUAGACAGUGUUUAUUUCAUAUAUCUACCCAAAUUAAAAAUAAAUCAGAGAAUACAGUAGAAGAAUAUUUAGAAGUUAUUUGUGAGCUACUAGAAUACAAUGAAUUUGUCAAUGACUAUACUCUUGUAUAUAAUUUAACUAAGGAUAUAAGGAAAUUUCAAAAAUCUAAUAUGGAAAUAGACUCAACAAGAUAUGAUUAUUUAUUAAAAUCAUUAGAAUUAAUUAAUAAACCAUAUAUUGAACUUAAACAAAAAGAAUUACAAGAACAACAGUUGGAGGUACAAACCAUUAGUACAAAUAUAGAGAACGCAAAAUUGCAGUCUCUUAUAAAUAAUGUAAAAGAUUUAUUGCCUCAUUUAGGAGAUGGAUUUAUCCAGAAAUGUUUAGAAUAUUAUGACAUGGAUCCUGAAAAAGUUGUAAUUAUGGUCUUGGAAAAUUGUCUCCCUUCAAAACUUACUCAGUAUGAUUUAAAUCUUCCUUUGAUGUCAGCGUAUGAGGAUAAUGCUACUGGUUUUGAUCAUUCAAUUAAAGGAAAUAAGAAACUUAAAAAAUUUAAAAAACUCUUGGACAAUAAAUCUUUCCGAAAUGAAAUGCGCCCAUUUUAUGAAAAAUAUUAUGUCACUGAAGUUACAUGUGCUGAAUUAAAUUCAUAUUAUAAUGAUGAACAUGAUGAUACGUAUGAUGAAAUUGAAUAUGUCCGACCAGAACCAGUAGAUGAAAAUACAAAGAGAAGACCAGAUGUUGUACCAAGGGUUCUAAUGGAGAAAAAAGUUAUAACUGAAGUUGUAAAAGAAGAGUCUUCAGAUGAUGAACCACAGAAAGUAUCAAAUUUUCAACCAUUCUGUGAAAAUCCUGAAGAAGUUCGAGAACGACAAGCUAGGAAAUUUGCUGCAAAGCAAUCUAAAAAAUCCAAUCGAAAUAAGCCAAAAAUAGCUUCUUCGUCAGCUAAACCAUCUGGGUCAAAUGUCGAAUUGGAAAGGCAAAGGAAAAAUGAGAACAAAGCAUUUAGUGGGAACCAUAACAGAAGAAAUGCUGCAAGAAACAAACAACAAAAGGGAAUGUUUUAAUGCUUUCUAUUCCUCAUAUUUUCGAAUAUUUUAUAAAAAUACCAAUGCUUAUAUUAUUAUAAGAUACAUUUUACCAAAUAAUGUAUACCUAUCCUUAUUUUUAAAGAUUUUUUUUAUUUAUUUAAUGUUCACUCUUACUUCUAUUUUAAUUUUAUUCUGAAACCUUCAUUUCUUAGAAAACUUCUAGUUAUAGAUACUUAAAAAGGAAACUUAUA